GAGACAUGGUUGAGAAGCACUCACGCGAGCUGCGGUGCCACAGACUUAAAUUUGAAGUCAUUAGAGCGUGAUCCUAUGGACAAAGUGCGCACUGCAACCCAUAGUGUAGCUAUCCUGAAUUGGAUCUGUGAAGGACAUUGGUUUUGAUUCGAACUAUCUAAACCACCUUUGUUUUUUGUUUUUUAGUUAGUGCUCCUUUUAUGGACGAGACCAGAACUUUAAGUUUACACUCGGAGCUCUCUCCGGGGUUAAGGAGCGAGUCAGUGGCAUGUAUUGCGCAGAAUCUCUCCACACUUAGGAUUAAUUUUACUGGAGAGAGGCGCAUCUCCAUCUGGCAAGAUGUGGAUCUUGCGCUGAAUUGUUGCAUGGCUUGGGGAGGAAGGGGGGGGGGGACAAACUUACGCCAAGAGCCCAAUUCUGCACAAGUAUUGCUAAUUUGUUUCAAGUAGGUGAUUGGCACAAUGUCAGCCAUACGGAGGAAAUUUGGUGAGGACUACCAGGUGGUUAACACCAACCGGAGCAUGACUUUUUCCGCACCGGUGAAGAGAAAGAGGCAGCGCUUUGUGGAGAAAAACGGCCGCUGCAACGUCCAGCACGGUAACCUUGGCGGGGAGACCAGCAGGUACAUCUCCGACCUCUUCACCACGCUGGUGGACCUCAAGUGGCGAUGGAACCUGCUCAUUUUCAUCCUCACUUACACGGUGGCGUGGCUGGUCAUGGCUUCAAUGUGGUGGGUGAUCGCGUACAUCCGUGGCGACCUCAGCCACGCCGGCCACGACGCGUCCUACACUCCGUGCGUCGCCAAUGUGUACAACUUUCCCUCUGCGUUUCUCUUCUUUAUCGAGACCGAGGCGACCAUCGGCUACGGCUACCGCUACAUCACAGAGAAGUGCCCCGAGGGCAUCAUCCUCUUCCUCUUUCAGUCUCUGCUGGGCUCCAUCGUGGACGCCUUCCUCAUCGGCUGCAUGUUCAUCAAGAUGUCGCAGCCGAAGAAGCGCGCGGAGACGCUCAUGUUCAGCCAGGACGCGGUCAUCUCCCAGCGGGACGGCAAGUUGUGCCUCAUGUUCCGAGUGGGGAACCUGCGGAACAGCCACAUGGUGUCCGCGCAGAUCAGGUGCAAACUCAUCAAGUCUCGGCAGACCCCUGAGGGAGAGUUUUUGCCCCUGGACCAGUGUGAGUUGGAUGUAGGUUUUGGCACGGGGGCAGACCAGCUAUUCUUGGUUUCACCUUUAACCAUCUGCCAUGAGAUCAACACCAAGAGCCCAUUCUUUGAUCUCUCCCAGCGGUCGCUUAGGAACGAGCAAUUUGAGAUCGUGGUAAUUCUGGAGGGCAUCGUGGAGACCACAGGUAUGACAUGCCAGGCAAGGACCUCCUAUACUGAGGAUGAAGUCCUGUGGGGCCACCGCUUUCUCCCUGUUAUGUCGCUGGAGGAUGGCUUCUUCAGAGUUGACUAUUCUCAAUUCCAUAACACCUUUGAGGUCCCCACCCCUCCCUACAGUGUCAAAGAGCAGGAAGAAAAGUCCUCGCUUACAUCGCCCAACCCUCUGCCCGCUGCCCCCACCCCCUCCUCCCCCCUGCUGGGCAACGGCGGCCGCGGAGGCCGGAGGGAACGGCUUCUGUCGGCAGACAACGCUGACCACGCCGAGGACCAGGCCUGUAGGCUUCCCAGCAAGCUCCAGCGCAUGAGCUCCACCAAGGACGAGCUCCUGUGGAGGGGGCUGAAGACAGCCUCGGGUACACCCGGGGACAGGGCCUCCAGCACAGGAGACCUGCCGCUGAGCAUCCAGAGGCUGAGAUCCAGCUCUGUCACCGCCAUGAGGCAAGGACAACCGGAGGAGCAGGUCCAGCUGCUGUCCUUGGACGGAGAUGCCGAGGAGGGCGAUCUUGAGAAGCACAGACUGCCCGCAGCCACCAGCACCAUCCCUACCCUGACCCCUGCCCCGGUCCAGAUCCCUUUGAUUGGAAGUCGGCCAGAGGACAACCUGCCCGCCAAACUGCGCAGGAUGAACGCCGAUCGUUGAACUCUACCUUUAGGAAUUAAAACCCCCCAAAAACUCAAACAGGUUUGAUGGGCAUUGCAAAUGAAUACAAACUACUGUGAUACAUAAUGUUUUUCUUUCCCUUCUCUAUUUUUUUUGCUCGGCUUUUUAUAUUUACUUACAAGCACUCUGCUAGUUGUCUAUCGCCACAAAUAGCGGGACAACAUUAUUAAGCCAUCCAUCCGCUCAAACUGUGAGUCAGUUUUGAUAGAUCACCAUCUGUGCCCCCCGCUGCUGUCCAACACUUGUAUCCGUGUGCUUGUUUCCUUCAUUUCAGCUCAAAGAGAUUUAUAAAACGUUAUUGUCCUUAUCCACCAAAAUUUUGUAUUGCAUUGGAAAAAAAGCCAAAGUGACAAUUAUAAAUGAGCUGUGUUGGCCAUUUGUUAAACCUUUCCCCCCAAACAGUGAUUGUUUUAACAAUGCUUUGCGAAGAUAACAGAGCUCCACAGGCUGUGGCUCCAUGAUAGAUUUGUAAACAGUGUAAUUUGGUAUUGAACUAAGUACAUUCCAGUGGACAGCAGAUCCGGCUGAUAACCUCAUACCCACAGUGGGAGCCCAACACUACAGAGGCUUAAACCAAGGACAGCAUCACCAGCCGUCAUCCUUCAAUGAUGCCAUGAAUUUUUACAUGAAAUAUUAGGUUCAGUCUUUCAGCAUAGUAUAAUGUGUACAGCAGGUUAGACUCUUUUUCAGUUUUUUCCAGUGGUUUAAAACUAUCUGUAAAUAUCAGUCAAUCAGGUGACAAAAUCAUGUGUGUAGCAUAUUUAUCUGGCUUCUCAUGAAUUUGUAUGAAAAUAGCAUGUGUUUUGUGGCACAUUUUGCAUGUCAUUUCUAACAGUGUUAAGCUUUUUGUAAAUCACCGCACACAAUUUGAAUAACAGGAAAACUGUCUAGGGUUAGGGUGAAUGUACAGGGCAUGCUAUCCUCUCCAAGCAGCAAAUACAGUACACAGACAUGGCAUAAACAAAAUGCACAUGACUUGCAUUAUGACUGGCAUGUUAAGAGUGCAUUAAGUCAGACUAGGAUGAGCAAAAUAUAAGCAUUAAUUUUGGCGUUUCAAAUGUUUUGUCUACCUCUGUGAGACUGGAAAGACUUUAACGGGGCAAUUCUCAUACAAUCGUCACUGCAGACUGCAGAAGCUCUGAUUGAGCAUAAUAGCGUUGGAUAAACUGAAUGGAUGCUACACCGUGAAUUGGUCAGUACAUUGUUUAGGGAAAACAGGCCUUCUCUGCAGUGAUUGAUAGUUAAAUUGUUGGGUGAAUCAGAUAACUUUGCACAAUGGGCGGACACGGGCCUCAUAAAACACUGUUAGCUCACAAGUCCAAAUUUGGAAUCUUCUGUUUGAUUUAGAGGGAUUACUACACUUUAUGCUCUAAAAUAUUUUCCUGUUAGCUGUUUCUUUAUUAAGAUACAAAAAUACUAAAUUAGGUAGUGCAUGCUGGCAGUUGUGUUGAAAUGGACUCAAGCUGCAGAGCUUAAACCAAAGUUUCAUGGUUCCAAAUCCUUGGGAAAUGUUCUUGUUUUCCAUUGAUCAGUUUGAAUAAUUUCAGGAUGAGGACAUAUAGUUUUGAAAAGAAAACAAAGUUAAAAUGUUUUUGAUUUUUUUUUUCGGUAAACUCAUUAUUCCUACAAACAUUGUUCUGUUCAGACAUGUUGCUGAAAGCAAUCAGGGAUGUAAAAGUGAAGUGAUGUUGGAAGAAAAAAAGGAGGGGGAAUAAGGUUUAGCAUAUGAUCAAUCAACCUGAACCUGUGUACAAAUAAAAAAAAUAUAUAUAAUUCCUUUCCUCACAAAGUCAUGUUUAUACACAUACAGUUAUGUAUCACUUGUACUAAAAAAGUGUUUAUUUACAUGCUCAUUUUGGUUAUUUACCGUACAAUUCAGUCCUCUUGGUGCAGAACCCCGUUACGCAUGGGGGACCAAAUGCAAUCACAUAUCACUUUUGGACAAGAGACUCUCUUUCCUCGUAACUGAAUUAUUAAUUGAAAAACAAAUGUUUGGUAAUGCAGGGAUGCUGACAUCAGGGGAUAUGUGUGUUAUUGCCAAAUAUAAAGAAGCAAAGACAACCUUAAUGCACCAACUGCUUAACAAUAAAUCUUUUGAAAGCAUAAGUUUAUGGGCACAGUUUUUUUUUUCCACAUUGGGAACGAUGCAUCACAGUCUCAGAAUAAAUGCAGUUGUGUAUUUGCUGCACACACACAAAAUUAGAACUGCCUGCAGAAUGCAUCAGCAACGCAUUGGU